AACCCGGAGAGACGGUUUACUUCUUUUCUUUUUUUAAUUGACAGUCAACCCGUAAAACACACGUAAACAAGAAGUUACAUUAUUGCAAUUUUUAAGUGAUAUCGGCCACACUGUACUCGAUAAUUUUUGAAACGCAAAAUCUGUGUUUUCUAAACCCCGUCUGCUGAACGUUUUUUUUCUCUGUAUACUUCCGCGUACAAUGUUUUUUUUCCCACUGACACACGGCAACUUUCGAACAGGAAACCUAUUAGACGCUUUGCCUGUCGUUUUCUCUGAAUUUAAGGCAGGGUGUGUUUGGGGCUCAGUGCUCUAACCCAGCCAUGAGCAUCAUCGGGGCUGAGGAUGAGGAUUUCGAGAAUGAUUUGAACGAUGUGGUGGAUGACCAGUACUUUAACAACAUAGAGCAGCUGAAGGAGCGGCCGACCCACCUGCUGGUCUUUAUGCAACAUGUGUUCCUACAGUUCGACCCUGCUCCUGUGCUGUGUUACCUCCAUGCUGACCUCUUCAAGACCCUCAGUGCCAAAGAGACCAAGAAGCAAUUUGUGGAGUUCUACAACACCUUCUUGGACAAGGGUGCAAUUCUCAGAGUGGCAAUGCCAUCUAAUAUAUCCUAUGAGUUGGACCGAACCCGUCCAGAUUUGCUCCCUGAGGAUGUCCAAAAACGAUACGCUCAGGAGGUUCAGUUCCUGCAGGCUCCGGAAGUAGCCAAACAGCUGGAAGACUUCAGGCAGAAGAGGAUGAUGGGUAUGACCCCCAACGAGGCUGAGCUGAUCGACGUGGAGAGCCACUAUCCCACCGACCGCAUCCCGAUGGAGAUGAAGGAGAAGUCUGUGGCUGAGAACCUGCUGGACAAGAUGUCUGAGACACAACCGACAAUUGUCUCAGACGAGGAAAAAUGCCAAUCCAUCUUUUCAGCGGUGGCCUUCUAUAUGAAGCACCUUGGGGUUAAAACCAGGGCAGUUGACAGCAAGAAGUCCAGAGGAGGCUUCUUCAGGAGACAACUGGUGAAGAAUAAGAAGGAUGAAUCCACAAAGGCCAAACCCAGAGGGGUGUUUCCUGGCAUCCCCAGCUGGAUUGCAGGCAACACUGAGGUCAAACCUAAAAUGGAGGCUGAAGCGGACAAGGAGAAAGUGAAUCAGGAGCGUAAGGGUCCAGCCCCUGGCAGAGGCUCCUUGACCGACCCUGCAGUCCCUUCCAUCCCAGGAAGCAGGAAGUCUGGUUCCAGCGGAGGCUCCGCCUCCCUUCCUGGUCUAGAGGUCAGCGACAGCUCAGGCAACAACAUCACCACCACCAACAGCCCUGAGUCUACACACUGCGAUGAGCCUCCAACCCUGCCAGAUGGGGGUGAUGUGUCCCCUGUUGGGCUGGAAGGUACGCUGACCGCUGGGGACCCCAUCUCCCCCAGCGAAGCUCCCGUAGAGGAGAACCUGGUGAAAGACAGACGGAAGACAAGUAGGAAAGUGACUCGUAGCGAGAGUGCACGUGUGGACCGGCACUCGUCUCGCCGCCGCGGCUCUUCCCGGGCCAAACAGUCCCGCUCCCGUAGUGAUGUGGACCUCCAGCCGCCUUCCACGCCUACAACACCUGCCCCGCUCACCCCCCAGCACCUCCAUCCUUUUGACGGACCAGUCUUAGUUCCUGAAGGGCCUGGCCACUCCCCGACCAGCCCCUCCCCACAGAUGGAGGAGAUGGACCCGCGCCUCCUGGAAUUAGAGCAGGACCCACCCAACUGGAGGGAGCUGGCCUCCCCUGAAGCUCUGUCCAGCCUCUCCAAGAAGGAGACCAAGAGACAGGAGGUCAUCAAUGAGUUGUUUGCAACAGAACAUGCCCAUGUGCGAAUGCUGAGUGUUCUUCAGACGGUCUUUUCUAAGCCUCUGGAGAAAGAAGAGCUCCUGACCUCCACUGAACUUGCUGCCAUCUUGCCCAACUUGGACGAGAUCAUUGAGAUGCACUAUAACUUCUAUGAGAACCUGAAGAAACUGCGUUUGGAUGACAACUUCAUAGUCAAAUUAAUCAGCACCACAGUGCUGAACAGGUUUGGUGGUACAGAGGGGGAGUGGUUCCAGAAAUUGACAGCCCGGUUCUGCAGUCACCAGUCGUGGGCCUUGGACCAGAUCAAGAGCAGGCAGAAGAAAGAGCCACGCUUCAACUCCUUCAUACAGGAGGCAGAGAGUAAGCCCCAGUGCCGCAGGCUGCAACUCAAGGACAUCAUUCCUAUAGAGAUGCAGAGACUGACCAAGUACCCAUUGCUGCUGGAGAAUAUUGCCAAGAACACAGAUGACCCGACAGAGAAGGAGAAGAUCCAGCAGAGCGCAGAGUGCUGCAGAAAGAUCCUCAACCAUGUCAAUGAGGAGGUCAAAGUGAUGGAGAACCUAUUGACUCUUAAGGACUACCAGCGUAGAUUGGACACAUCAGGGCUCAAACCAAGUAAUGAGCUUUAUACUGAAUAUAAGAAUAUUGAUCUGACUCAGAAGAGGAUGCUCUAUGAAGGUCCUCUAACCUGGAAAGUCACAAAAGAGAAAGGAAUUGAGGUGCAGUGUGUGCUGCUUGGGGACCUGCUGGUGCUUCUACAGAAGCAGGAUGACAAGAUGGUCCUCAAAUGCCAGAGCAAGAGCAACAUUGCUGUGCAGGAGGGCAAGCAGAUGCUGAGCCCCAUUAUCAAGCUAGACUCUGUCUUUCUCCGCGAGGUGGCCACAGAUCGAAAGGCCUUCUACGUGAUAUUUACCUGGGACAGCGGUGCUCAGAUCUAUGAACUCGUGGCUCAGACUGUUGGAGAGAGGAAAACCUGGACUGAAGUGAUAAAGACAGCCGUGGAUGACCUGAAGAAGAGCGGAGCACCCAUGAAGUUGACGCUGCCUCCUGGAAGUGGAGGACCUCCCUUCAGUCCCUCCGCGCUGACUGCCCCUUUGAGCCCGACUGAGAAUGGAGGUUUGAAAAGCAGCAGUGAUCGAGAUAAGGACAGCUUGACGGAUGACAAAUCUUCAGACCCCAGGCACAGGCUGAUUGAUUUCCUGUCAGACAAAGGCUUCGACUUGAUAGGCCACUCUAACAGCGAUCAGGAGAAGGUUGGCAACUGUGCUUUGGAUGAAGUCAUGUCGCUGAAAAGGCUGUUGAUUGGAAGCAUAAGCCUAUCAGAAGACUCACAGCCUGAUGAAGAAAACGGGGAGGACCAAUCACAGAGGCCCAGUCAAGAAAUGGAUAGUUGUCAAUUAACAGAAGAAAGCCAGACCCCAGACAUGGGAGCAGAGGAGGAGAACGAUAACACUUGUGAAAAAGAAGGAGCAGGGACGAAAGGAGAGGAGGAGAGGAGCAUCAGUGCGCCCCUGGUGUUGUCCCAGGAGAGGAUGGAGGAAGUGUGCAGGAGGCUCCUCAGUCUGGAGGAACAAAUAAAGAGAUUACAGACUGUAGAAGAGGCGCACCACAGGCUGCAGGAGGCCCUUUCCAAAUUCUCACUGGAGGGAGGUAACUUCCAGUGAGACACCAUCACACCCCCUGCUGGCCACUAGAUUUCUACUGGUGCUGGUUUGGAGUGCAAGAGUGACUUUCAGAGGUUUCCCUGGAAAUUCCUAAACUUUCAUAAGUCAUGCCUGGACCCUUGCUGCCUUAUAUGUUUGUAUCACAGCUGUUUGCAGCCAAGCAGGAGGUUUUUCUGCCUGACGGAGGGGAGGGAGGGCUUUGUGCUCAGUGCAGUGGUUCAGUGAUGGAGCGUGGGAGGUGUGUGCAUGUGUAUGUGGUGUCUGUUUGCGUGCAUGCUUGGUGGACAUCCUACUUUUGAGUUGGAAGUCAUCUUUGCAGAGGGGUGCCAAAAAAAAAAAGCAAGAUUUUUUCUGUGAGGGAGAUGCUGCCUAACAAAAUGUAGAGAUUGCAAUCUGCUGUAACACACAUAUGCACACCAAUGACAUGCACUCUACAAAAUAAUUUACAUUGUUGCCUAUAGCAGAUUGCACAGUAAUGAAGAACUCCUAUGUUUGCUUGCCAAUUCAGCUAUACCAGGUGGAACCAGGCCUUAAGGGGCCAAUGUAGCUUUUGAAGAUAUAUUGAAAUACUACUGCUGAUAUAUGGAGUUAUUUCUGGUCUAUGCCAAAGUACUACAGAGAUGCACUUUUUUCUGAUUAGAACAAGUUGAAUCCACACUGGGCUUCAUGUAGGCAGCCUUCAUUAUUGAGAAAAAUGCAUGCAAGACAGUGUGUGUAUGUGUGUUACAAAGUUUUUAAUUAAGGACGUGCUUGUUGGAGGGUUCUUACUGUAAUUAAGUCACAUUCAAACAUUUAUAAAUAGUGGCACUAUAGGUAAUCAUGCUGUUAAUAAUUGAUACUUGUUUGUAUGUACUGCUUUUAUUUAUUCCUCUGUUAGUUCUGUUAAGACAGUGAGUUGCCUCACCUGAGUAAAACUGUUACAGCACUGGGCCAAACAGAUAUAGCAGUGCGAUAGAGAAAAGACAAAACAGAAGAAGAAGGCAAACCUAGGAUGUGUAACAAAGAUCAAGGUUGAGAAGUGAAAGAAGACAGAUGUAGGGACAGGAAGCGAGUUUCGAGGUUAUUGUUGCUUACUUGAACCCCGGCUUAAACCAGACGGUUGUGAGAAGAUGUGUAGUAAACAUGAGAUUAGGAUUUGCACUUACUGUACUGGAGAAAAAUGUCAACACACACACACACAUGCAUAUACACCUGCAAACACUGAAGGCCCAGAGCUACAGAAGUGUUGACAAAGGUUGUUCAGUGCCAGGAUCAUUUCUGUAGCCUCAAAUUUCCCCAGAUAGGGUUCACAGCUCCUGAUGUAAAACACGGACUCAAGAUGGGGUUAUAAAUUAUAUUACAUUAAAUUCACGUUAGUAGUGAAAAAAUCUUCCCAGGUAGCAGUAUUUGUAUCAAAAUGAGCUCUGUCUUUGUAUUUUAUUUAGCAGUUGAUUGUAAUUCUGAUUAUGAUGAUAUGAUAUCUGAGUAGUGGCAUAACUGUGGCCGUGCACACAGGACCAAAGACAUAACAAAGCGCCGCUAGAUCCUCAUACAAGCUGUAAUUUUCUUAAUGACAUGUUUCAUCUGUAUACUAGCAUGUCACUUGCUGAUGCAAGGGUGAUGGCGCAGCAGUGCAGCCUGGCACUCAGCAGCUGCUUUUCCUCUCCCCAAACUCUAGCUAUAUGCCAACUUAGGUAAAGGGAUUUCAAAAGCACACGGACAUGAAUGAAGAAUCGGUCAGCAAUAAAAAUACCAUAUUUUUGAAUCUUUAAUGAAUGAACAAGAGGACUGCUCUUGCUAUAUGACCAAACAGAAUCUGUAGAUCUGUGAAUUCUUUCAUAUGCUUCAGUGACUUUCAUCCGCACAUAAUUAAUGGAAACAUUUUCUUCAGUAUCCGUGUGGGUCUGUCAGUGUGAGGAAAAGCUGGCGUGACUGUCACAAGCUGUUGUGCUUCUGACCCAUAUACAGCACUUUUAACACCUCGAGUGCUAAAGUGGACACAUGGGACCUGUUCCAGCUGCAGAAAAAGGACAAAACAACAAGACAAUGAAGCCAGAUGAAGAUACAAAGGAAACAUUGAAGGUUUGGAGGAAGGAAGACUAGUCUCAUUCCAGUGUCACGCUUAGCAGUACUGUAAUCAUGAUCACUUCCUGAAAUGCAUUCUCGUCAUUGCUGCCACAACAACAAAUGCCCCGUCAGACCCUACUGAACCUCAGUAUGAAAUUAUGUAAAUGACAGUGCCAUUAGCCACUGGAGCAUCAGAAGUUGCUAAAUUAUAUAAGUUUGUGUUCGAACCUUACUGCCAACUUUCCCGUGUUUUCCUCGUAGAAAAUGUACAUAACUGUUAUCUUGAAGGAGAAAAAUGUAGAGAAGGUAUAACUUAGAUAAAUUAGCUCCCUCUCUUUGUGUUUAUUAAGCUUUUUAGCUAUAUACACCUCUUGAUAACACGCUCACCUCUUGUGAUAGCAUGAUCACCUUUUCCCUAUGCACAGUUUUUCCAUGUUGUUUAUUUCAUUUGAUGUACUUAAACAGGUGGGGAAACUUUUUGUUGUUACCCUUUUCUUUCAUUAUUUUUCUAAGAAAGUUGUAAUUAUCUACUAUGCAUUUGGUUAUAAUGGUGAGAGAGACAGGACAUGUCUGUAACUUGUCUAUGCAUGAACAAAUUCAACGAUUAUGCAAAUGUUGUAACCACGGCAUAUGUGCAAACCCACGCUGUGCUGUGGCUAUCCAUCUUACCAAUGGGAUUCAUUUAAAGAGAUAAUCUCAACCAGGGAUUUUUUAACAGUUAAACUGCAGCGGUCAGCAGGUGAAACCACGUCAACACCAGCUUAAAGUGAUGCCUUCACUCUUCACCAGCUGGACAACUGCUACAGGCACUCCUUGCUCUCUCUCUCCUCCAGAUGCUUUUCCUCAUGUAUUCUAUAUACAAAUACAUAGAUGUAUAGAAAAUGUAUUUAUAGAGUGGUGCCUUGUUCUGACCAUCAAGUUGUUUGAUUCAUAAAGGGCUCUUGAGUCUACAAACACAAUCACUUGUUGUUUUGGUGGACUGUCUCUCAUGGAGGAUCUCAGACAGUGACAGACGAUGACCAAAUGACUAAUUAGCGUUGAGGGAUCAUCCCAUGAUUCUGAUUGGUUGGUUUCAAGGUUGGGGGCUCCAGCCUCCCACACACUGUUUUUGUGUCCAUCUCCAUUACAGCAAUAGGAUUUGAGCCCUCCACCAACUCUACCAGCCAGUGCCCUGUAUAGAAAAAGACACUGCUUCUUGUCAUCCAGGCAUCUGCCAUUUUGUCUAUCUAUAAACAAUGAAUAUGCAAGAACUAUACUGUGUAUUUGGGUUUUGAUUUUUAUUGUGUAAGAGGCUCUUUAAUGAUGUAUACUUAAGGAAAAUUGUGGUACGUUUUGUAAUUCUUAAUUUUUUUUUUUUUUAAUAAAUCGGGGAAAUAAA